AUGGCGGUGGUGGAAGUUGGAUGGAAUAUACGUGCAGGUUACAUAGGAGACGUUAAGUGUACGAGACAAAUUUCUUCUCUUCAUUCUCAAAAGGCGCCUACAGAGACAUGUUUACCAUCAACACUAGUUGCGGCAGAUGCUGCAGGGAUUGAAAACCUCGUGCAGAUGUGGACGCUUCAGUCCCUGGAACAAGAAAAAAAUCUUCACAUGGAUCAUUUGAUGCACAUUAUGGGAAAAGAGUUAGGAUGUUUAGAAGAGGAUCCACUCAUGUUAGUGGUGCCAGAAAUGUGGCAUGAGAAGUCUGAAGUUAUACAAAAUUUAUUUCGCCUCAUAUUGGAGUCAAAUUUUACUUCUGCACUUUAUUGUUGUCGUCCUAGUGUUGCGUGGACAUUGGCGUCCGGCAAGACCUCCGCCGUUGUGUUAGAUGUUGGUCAUCAUCAUUCCACCGCCACUGCCGUAUUGGAUGGUUAUGCAUUGCGAGGUACAAUAGUAUCAAACAACCUCGCUGGUAGUGUGGUUACACAACGUUUAAUGGAUAUGAUAGGUGUGGAUCAACUAGAGAGAUUGGAAAGCCUAAAACAUUAUCGCCUGCCAUCUGUUCGAGAAUGGGCCUUUAGAGAAAUGUGUGGGGAUAUCAAACGUGUGGCCUGCUCUGUGCGUACUGGACGUUCAGAUCCUUCACGAAAGGAAGAACCAUUACUGUUGCGCGCUCCAGAUGGAAACACUAUUACCGUGACAGCAAAUGCUCGUCUUGAACCGUAUGAUGUACUCUUCGGAUCUCCAAAUGGUACUGGUGAGUCUCUGGCAGAUCUUCUCGUGCAGUGUAAACGUUGCCUGGACCCGGAGUGGCAGCAGCAGACCAUUUCACAUAUUCUUUGCGGUGGUACUUCACAGGCUUCUGGUUUCCGUGAACGAUUACUAAAAGAAACUCGACAGCGGGAUUCAUCAUACUUUCGUUACGGAAAAGAGGAUGUGUUUAAAGUAUUUCCUGCAGUGGAUGGCGCAUGGGCAGGUGCUUCACUGGCUGCAGACUGCUCAUCGUUUUCUUCUCUUUGGGUGACACGAACUGAUUUUGAAGAAGAAGGCGAUUCCAUUCUUUAUCGCAAACUUCUUUGUUGA